AUGGCUGACGAUAGUACGGGGUCAGAAGACGAGGCUGCAGUUGAGGAUGGGUCAGAUGAGGAUGAUGAAGAAGAUGAGUCUGAGGAGGGUGACGACGACGACGACGACGAUGACGAUGAAGAUGACGAUGAGGAAGAGGAAGACGACGAAGAUGAGGACGACGAAGACGAAGAUGAACCUCGUCUGAAGUACACUCGAAUCGUCCAACUUCCUCCGACUCUCUUCUCAUCCGACCCCCUCUCGACAUUUCUUGCGCACGACGACUUUCUCGUGUUUGCAACCCACGGCGGAACGCUGUACGUGACAACGCCCGAGCUGGUACCAAUUCGAACCUACAGAGCUCACUCAGCUUCGAUUCUCUCGCUCUCUACCGACGGCACCGUGAUUGCGUCUGCCUCACUUGAUGGCCGGGUUGUGAUUGCGUCGGUGCAUGAUCCGAAGGAUAUCUCGGCGUCUGAUUUCUUAAGACCUGUGCAUGCGGUCUCGCUUGAUCCGAAUUUCCAAACUACUCGCACGUUUGUCUCGGGGGGCACGGCUUGCAGCUUGAUAUUGUCAGAGAAGGGGUGGCUUGGGAGACAGACUGAUACUACGUUGUUCCACGGAGAAGGACCUAUCAAUGACACCGAUUGGACAGGUGAUAUAAUUGUGGCGAUGAACGAUGCGGGAAUUCAUCUUUACCACGCGCCCACAAGGUCUCGCAUAUCAAGAAUUGCGCUGCCGAAAGACUCCCCCCGCGCGGACCUGUACCGACCACGAAUCUCAUGGAUCUCGCCGAGCAAAUUCCUAGUCGGCUGGGCCUACACCAUCUGGAUCAUCAAAGUGAUAAAGACCGGCGACAGCAAGCCCAUCGGCCAGAGCGGGUCUAUCGGAUCUGCGUCGGCGUCGCUCAUGAGCGAACGCAAGUCCGAGGUCGAGACGAUUCUCAGCAUCGAUGGCCUUGUUUCUGGAGUGCUCAAGUACGACGAGGAGUCGCUCUUGAUUCUAACUUACAACGCACCACCGGCGCCCACAGAAGAAGUCCCACGACCGCUGGCUGAGACGCCUGAGCUGCGGCUUGUGUCUCCCACCACAGGCGAGGAGUUGUCGGCCGACCAGUUGUCGCUCCGCGGAUACGAGCGGCUGGGAGCUAAUGACUAUCAUCUCCGAGUGUGGAGUGCCAACAGCAAAGGAUUCCCGACGCCGCCCAACUCUGGUCGAAAGUUCUACGUGCUGUCUGCUCGGGAUGGCGUAAUUGCGACCGAGCGCGACGAGAACGAUAGGUUUGAGUGGCUUCUGGAGCGGAAGAAGUAUGAAGAAGCGUGGCUGAUGAGCGCGGGAUUGAUUGACGACAACCGAAGACGCGAGAUUGGCGUCAAGUGGGUCGAGACCUUGAUCGAGGACGACGAGUGGCACGAAGCAGGUCUGACGCUCCGCAAAGUGCUGACCGCGACGCCGAUCCCGCAGCGCACGACGCAGGCGGCAGCAAGUCUGGACGACGCCGAGGAGGAAGAGAGCGAGGUCGAGCGCGCGGUGAGACAGGAGUGGGAGCGGUAUGCGUGGGUGUUUGUCACUGGUGGGCAUGUGGCCGAUAUCGCGAGCCACUUGCCGACGUCUGCGCCUGAGCUUUCGAGCGUGAUUUACGAGAUGGUGCUGGGAUAUUAUCUGAACAGCGAUAAAGAGCAGCUUUACAAGUUCCUCGAUACAUGGCCGACCGAGCUGUAUGAUACCAAGAGUAUCAUCGCGCUGAUGGAGAAUAAGCUCAAGGACGAAGACGACCGCAAGCUGCGGCAGAACAUUGCAAAGCUCUACGUCUCGAUCGGGAAUCCGAACGCGGCUAUCGGCCACUUACUUCACAUCCAAGAUCCGGCCGCGAUCGACCUCAUCAGAGACCAACAUCUGCUGCUGUCCAUGCUUCCGUCUAUCCCCGAGAUCAUGACAAUCAACGUCACCGUGCAGGAGCUCGAAUCCGCGCCGGUGUCUGUGAUCCGAGAGAAAUCCGCCGAGGCGGUCGAUCUGGUGGUCGAAGGACGGCUGGAGCUGCUGCCUGAGCGGGUGGUGGAUCAGGUGAUUAAGUCCGGGAUGGAGGUCAUGGCGUUUCUGUAUCUCGAAAAGCUGCAGAUGGUGGAUCCGUUUGCGUCGCAGGCGUUUUCGGAUUUGCUGGUUAAUCUGUAUGCGGACUAUGAUCGGCCGAAGUUGCUCGAGUUUUUGAAGAAGAGUAAUAGCUAUAAUCUCGAGAAGGCCUCUGAGAUUUGCGAAAAAAGAGAAUACAUCCCGGAGCUCGUCUACAUCCUCGGCAAAACCGGCGAGAACAAGCGCGCGCUAAUGCUGAUCAUCAACCGCCUGCAAGACGUCGACCAAGCAAUCAGUUUCGCAAAGUCGCAGGACGACAAAGAGCUCUGGAGCGACCUUCUAGACUACAGCAUGGAUAAACCGAAAUUCAUCCGCGCGCUGCUCGAGAACGCGGGCACGGCGAUCGAUCCGAUCACGCUCGUGAGGAGGAUUAAGGAAGGCAUGCAGAUCGAGGGACUCAAGAGCGCGCUGCAGAAGAUCCUGCACGAGUACGAGCUCACGCUGUCGAUUGCGCAGGGCGCGGCGACGAUUCUCAACGGCGAGGUCGAGAGCUACUCUGCGCAGCUCCGAAGCGGGCGCGCGCGCGGAAUCAAGUUCGACAUCGAACAUCUCGAAUCAUUCAAAGCGACCGACACGAUCCUACAAUUCCCAUCCUGCGGACACAUGUUUUCCGAACAUUCGCUCAUGGCGAAGAUGCGCGCGAUCCAGGCCAACCACGACGUCAACGCGGAGGAGAAGUUCGCAGAAGAAGACGAGGUGUGGCCGGGGAAUAAGGAUGGGUACUCGCCGGUGGGGAUGAAGAGCGUGGCGCAGAAGGUCACGCAUUUGGCGUUUAUUAGGGAGAAGAUGAGGUUGUCGCCGGAUUGCCCGACUUGUAAGGAGGCGAGGCUGAAGCAGAAGAUAUGA